AUGAGCGUCUACCUCUACGAAUUACCCACCACCGGGGCCAUCUCAUUCUCUGACAUUUGCGGAGACGUAACACCGGACAAACUGUUCACUACCCAUAUAUCCGACGCAACCCAGUCUCGCGCUAACCUGCGAGCGGUGCUGAAGGAGAGCAAACGCACGCAGAUUGAAGAGAAGGACCAUCUAAAACUAGUUAAAGUUUUAGAAGAAUACCUACCCAAACUGCGUGGCUUGAUUGCAUGCGUCGACAACGCCCAGAUAGAGCUACUUCAGUCUGAGCCCAUAUUCAGCUGGAGAACCACGCUCUCUGCCAACUUCCUCCACCACUCGCCUCGGUUGGCUUUACCGUCUUUCUACGCGGAGUUGGCAUACACACUGCUCACCUACGCCUUCGCCCUCUCAAAUCUUGCCCAUGCCAAAGUUGCGCUCCUCGGAGCCUACGAACGCAAUCGAAACAUUUCCGAGGCCGAUCGCAAGGCCAAAGACAACCAGUUGAACGUUGCAGCAGACUUGCUAUAUCGAGCCAGUGGGAUUUUCUCGUAUAUCGGAGAGACGGUUCUUGGACAGUGGGAUAGGUCGGGAAGCAGCGCCGGGGUCGCAAAGCCACCUGAUCUGACGCAGAACAUGAAUAAUGCAUUGGCAAAGCUGGCCUUGGCUGAUGCUCAGACGCUCGCCAUACGUAAAUUGCUCUCCAAAUCUGCUUAUGACAGCAAUGUUACGCCUGGCCCGCCACUCCCCAAGUCGCAUCCCUCACCUGCGUUAAUCUCGAAACUACAUCUAGAAUGUGCUGCGUUGUACUCUUCUGCACGGACUCUGGCCAAGACUUCGGGGAGUACGAGCAGCAAUGGCAAAGGUAUCAACAUUAACAUCAGCAAAGACGGUGAAGUCUCCACGGAUCUCCGACGAUAUUUGAACGACGAGACGGCCAUUCAUGAAGCACUGGCCCAUAAAUGGCUUGGGGUAGAUGCGGGUGAAAAUGGAGGCACAGAUCGGGGUGGGGACGCUGUUGCUUUUCUGGUGUGGACAAAGAAGGAGCUGGAGGAACUCAAAGGACGGAAGAAGGAUCGCGUUUCGGAGGAGCUGGAGAGUGUGACCGUGUUUUUGAAGCACUAUAAGAAGAUCAACGACUCACUACAUUUUCAGCCUGUACCUUCACAAGCAGAUCUACAGUCGCGCAUUCCGGCAGGAAGACUAGUGCAAGGAGCAAAGACUUUUGUGCCUCCUCAGCCUGCGUUUGGGCCAGGAUCGCUGGAGGAUGUCCGGAGGCAGGCUGAAGAACUCGGCCUACAAGACGACCAGCCACAACAAGGUACAUAUGCUGGGGCUGGAUCAUAUUUCUAG